AUGUUCGAGGCUCCCUUGAAUAUCCACUCAAAGGUAUUGGCAAACGAACGAAAAAUACGAUACCAGUAUAUCAACACUUUUACAAAAAGGUACUCCCAAUUAUAUGGUGAUACAAUUCCAUCAUCUUCUUUGGAAUCUAAUAGAUCCAGAACACCUAUAACCUUGCCAACACCAGAGGCAUCUGCACACGAACAUAGCGAUUCCAAUACUAAUUAUAACGAUGAUUCUGAUUCAAUUUCAAAUACGAACACAUUAAGUGAUGAUGAAUAUAAUAGUGACUCUACAGGUACUACAAAUGAAGAAACAAAAUUUUUUAAUAGAUAUGAUAGACCACAAGAAAGUUUUGAAGUUUGGAAUACCUCUAUUGACACCUUGAAUUCGAAAACUAAAUUGAAAUCAAACGGUCGAAUUCCAAUAAAUAGGAAUAAAAUAUCAUUUAAUCGAUUAAACCGAGUGAAAAAAUUUACAAACAAGAAAUUAGAAGCUAGACUACAACAUUGUACAAAACGUCUUAAAACACAUAUUAAAGCAAUUUCUGAGGGUUACGAAACAUCAUAUAGAGAUAAACAAACAACAUCAUUUAAUAACAUCCAUAUUGAAAAUUUAAUUAAUUUACUUUAUUAUAAUAUAUGUGAAAAGAAUUUUAAUCAAGCCUAUCAUAUAUUUUCAUUAAUCAUACGACUACCUAAUAUUGAUAUAAGAAAUUUUUGGAAUUUAGGUUCAAUAAUAUUAUUAAAAAAAGUUUCCAUUCAAGAGUCAUUAAACUUUUUAAAUUGGAUUCAUUCAAUCUAUUCAUCCAAUCAAAAAUACAAUAAUAGCAUUAAUUACAAGACUGCACCAGCAUUUACACAAUCGUCGAGGAACCAUACAGGUAAGUUUACUACAUCAUUUCUUUGGAUGACAUUAUCUUUAAUACAUACAAAAUUCAGCGAUCUUACAUCAAGAAAUAUUAAAGAAAUAGUUGAAGAACUUAAUUAUUUGAAAAAAAAAUUGAAGAAAUUUGUAGAAAAAUUAUCAGAAAUGGUUCUUGCGCCACCAUUCAUUGAAGAUUCCGAAAUUUGGUAUAUUUAUUCAUUAAGUCAUCUUAUAUUAGCUAGGAUGCUAAUGUUUGAAACAAGAAAUAACGAUAUAUCUCAAACAUCAGUUGAGAAAGAUAUAACAAAAAAUGAAAUAAUUUCCAAUAUUCAACAUUGCAAAAGCCAUCUUCAAAAAGUAAGAGAAAAUCAAAACGAUUAUAAUUUUAAGUUUCAAAAGAUUGAAAUUGAAUUAAAAGAUAUGGAAAAAAAAUUAUAUGACACAUCAAGCGAUGAGGAAAUUUUAAAUGAAGAAGAAUUUUUGGAUAACGAAGACGUUUUAGAUAACGAAGAAAAUAAUUUUAAUCACGAAAUUAAUUUUGAACAUAAAAAUAAUCAAUUAAUGACGCCGUCGUAUGAUGAACCAAUUUAUAAAUAUAAUCUUGAUGACGAAUUCUCAGGACAAACUCACCUCGAUUCCGAGAAUGAAAUGACUCAAUCACACUUUGAAUCAAAUAAGUACAAUAGUUCAAGUGAUUAG